AUGUCAGAAGAGACUAAAGUAUUCAAAGAUCUAUUAAUUGCAUGCAGAGUAGGGGAUCUAGACACUGUAGACACACUCCUAAGUACACCUAACUUGAAUAUCAAUCAAACAGACGAAUGGAAUUAUUCACCAUUGAUUCUAGCAUCGAUUUGUGGUCAUGUACAGGUAGUUAGUUUAUUACUAACCAGAGGUGCGGUAUGUGAUCGUGAUACUUUCGAAGGAGAACGUUGUAUUUAUGGAGCUUUGAAUGAUGAAAUCAAGAAUAUGUUGUUAAGUUUCGAUAUUUCAAAGAAAAUUGAUGUUAGUCAACCAUUUGCAUCUCAUUUAGCUUCAAUGUUGAGACCUAUAAAUCCAUUAAUCGUUGAUGAUAUCAUAUUCAAACUCAAGGAUGAACCCGAUGAAGUGUAUAAGUUGAAUAGAUUCCUAUUGGCAGGUAGAUCACCUUAUUGUUUCGAUAAAUUGAAUGACGAAUGGAAAGACCGUAACAUUAUAGAGUUACCAGAUAAUCCCUCAGUGUUUAAACAAAUAAUCGACUAUAUUUACUUGAAAUCAGAUAAAUUGACUUAUGACACAGAAUUGAUAGAAUCAGCCAAAUUAUGGGGACUCGAUAUUUUAGGUGAAAGUAUUGAAAAAUUGAAAAAUAAGGAAUUCAAAGAAAGAUCAAAGAUUAAUCACGAUAGUUUAAUACAGUUUAUAGAGAAGGCACGUAGUGAUAUGAAUGUUUUUGUUAAUACAAUGAUUGAUAAUAAAAUCAUCAUCAAAAUGGAGGAACUUGAUUUCGAAGAAGAUGAAAUUGAAUUUGAUGAUUUGAAACCUCAAGAUUAUCUUAAUAAUCUUCAAAUGUUACAAUUAUUGAAUUCUGAUAGUUUCCCCGAUAUUAUCUUGUCAGUGGUAGAUGUGGUCACCAACUCAAUUGUCUAUUAUCCUUGUCAUAGAGCUAUGUUGUUGAGAUCUGAAUAUUUCGAUACCAUGUUUAACUCGGAAAUUUUCAGUUCGAACAAUGAUUUCCCUACAGUAAAAUUUGAUGAGGGUGAAAUUGCUAAUAUUAAGGAAUUACUGAUCAUUAAAUUAAACUGUACCAAUAGUGAAGUAGCAGAAUUGAUUCUCACAUUCAUUUAUCAUGACGAUAUCACGUAUUUACCUCUAAGGUUAACUAUUGAUUUGUUAUUCAUAGCUGAUGAAUUAUUACUUGACAGGUUAAAGACACUUUGUGCUGUUAAUAUAACAUCUAAAUUUAAAGAUUUUAGUUGGGAUGAAUUCUUAAAUAUGGAAGAAAAAGUCGGUUAUGAUUGUUUUGAUUUAAUAAGGAUUUCAUGGCAAACAAGAUGUGAUAAAUUAGAACAAUAUAGUACAAAAUUGAUUGCUUAUAAUCUUGAAAAAAUCUUCAAUUCUCCUAAAAAUAACGAUUUAUUAAAAGAACUCAUCAAUGAAUCAGCUUCCAGAAUUAAAGAAAGACAAAAUACUGAUACUAUUGAAUUGGUUGAUGAUAUAAGGUAUUAUUUAUCGAAAAAAUAUGGAGUUAGUGGAGAAUCGUCCUCAGACUUUUUAGAUUUGGGAGAUAUUUGGACCAAAGGAACUGAAGAUUCCAAAGUUAUGAAAAACGCUAUGUUAUCAUAUGAAAGGGAUAUUGAAAUGGUUGACCAUUUCCUUGAUCAAUUGGAUUUAGAUGCUUAG